AUGGGCAUUAUUGCGGUUAUUGUCAUCGUCUUUAUUACUUUUUUUCGUGUUAAUAUCAAAAGAGUCACAAUCGGGUCAGUUGUCAGUAGUGUGGCGCUAUCUGUUGGCAACCUUCUGGCAAUCACAAUUGACCGAUUCAUCUUUAUAAGUCGCCCUUUAAAAUAUCCUGUAAUAAUGACAUGGGAAAGGACCUAUUUCAUGCUGAUUGUGGUUUGGGUCUUGUGUUUCCUUGAUGCUGGCAUUCUAUGCUUUCAGACACGGGAGGAAAACGAUUUAAUUUACUGCAGAACAAAUUCUCAACUGAUACUUUCAAUUGACAUGGUUAGUUUCUAUAUUCCUGUAAUGAUCUUGAUUUACUUGAAUUAUAAAAUCUUCAAAGUGGCACGGAGACAAGGCCGCAAGGUAAGAAAUCAGCCGGUACGUCUUUCUUCCACUCACUCCAACAGUUUUUCUGGUUCGAGUUUUACACAAACAACGAUGCGACAGCUAAAACUUAUCAAGACCUUUCUUGUUUUACUUGGAAUAUUUCUGCUUUGUUUCAUUCCUUACGCAGUGGUCAAAACGAUGGACAUGUUUCAUUGUACCAGUGGACAUUGUGUACCAACGAGGGUGUACGUUUUUUCUGUACUACUUGUUGGGGUAAACUCAGUGUGCAAUCCUUUCAUCUACGGUAUCAGACUCAAGGAAUACAGAAACGCAUUUCGCAGUGCCGUUUCCAAAAUGUACUCUGCGUGUGCGUGUACAUGAAUUCGAAUACUGACAAAUCCUUAAAGCGUUUUUCUGAUAUGAAAACUACUAGUUUCCAUACAAUUUCUAUAUAAUCUUCUUGAAUUCCAUAUGCACAUAUAUAUUGUUUGGAUAGACUGAAGAGAAAUAGAGAAACAGUAAAACCCUUAUUUAGGAAUCUGGGUUUUCGGCAAGGCUAUACCUGAGUGAAGAGGACAGAU